AUGGCAUCUAACACAGUGUCUAACACAGCAUCUAACACAGCGUCUAACACAGCAGUUAACACGGCGUCUAACACGGCGUCUAACACGGCGUCUAACACGGCGUGUAACUCGGCGUCUAACUCGGCGUCUAACUUGGCGUCUAACACGGCGUCUAACACGGCGUCUAACACGGCGUCUAACUCGGCGUCUAACACAGCGUUUAACACGCCGUCUAACUCGGCGUCUAACACGGCAUCUAACUCUGCGUCUAACACAGCGUUUAACACGCCGUCUAACUCGGCGUCUAACACAACGUCUAACAUGGCGUCUAACUCGGCGUCUAACACAGCGUUUAACACGCCAUCUAACUCGGCGUCUAACACAGCAGUUAACACAGCGUCUAACUUGGCGUCUAACUCAGCGUCUAACACAGCGUCUAACUCGGCGUCUAACAUGGCAUCUAACACAGUGUCUAACACAGCAUCUAACACAGCGUCUAACACAGCAGUUAACACGGCGUCUAACACGGCGUCUAACACGGCGUCUAACUCGGCGUCUAACUUGGCGUCUAACACGGCGUCUAACACGGCGUCUAACUCGGCGUCUAACACAGCGUUUAACACGCCGUCUAACUCGGCGUCUAACACGGCAUCUAACUCUGCGUCUAACACAGCGUUUAACACGCCGUCUAACUCGGCGUCUAACACAACGUCUAACACGGCGUCUAACUCGGCGUCUAACACAGCGUUUAACACGCCAUCUAACUCGGCGUCUAACACAGCAGUUAACACAGCGUCUAACUCGGUGUCUAACUCAGCGUCUAACACAGAGUCUAACACAGCGUCUAACACAGCGUCUAACUCGGCGUCUAACAUGGCAUCUAACACAGAGUCUAACACAGCGUCUAACACAGCGUCUAACUUGGCGGUUAACACAGCAUCUAACACAGUGUCUAACACAGUGUCUAACACAGCGUCUAAUACAGCGUCUAACUUGGCGUCUAACACAGCGUUUAACACGCCGUCUAACUCGGCGUCUAACACGGCAUCUAACUCUGCGUCUAACACAGCGUUUAACACGCCGUCUAACUCGGCGUCUAACACAACGUCUAACACGGCGUCUAACUCGGCGUCUAACACAGCGUUUAACACGCCAUCUAACUCGGCGUCUAACACAGCAGUUAACACAGCAUCUAACUCGGUGUCUAACUCAGCGUCUAACACAGAGUCUAACACAGCGUCUAACACAGCGUCUAACUCGGCGUCUAACAUGGCAUCUAACACAGAGUCUAACACAGCGUCUAACACAGCGUCUAACUUGGCGGUUAACACAGCAUCUAACACAGUGUCUAACACAGUGUCUAACACAGCUAACUCGGCAUCUAACUCAGCGUCUAACACAGCAGUUAACACAGCGUCUAACUUGGCGGUUAACACAGCGUCUAACUCGGCGUCUAACUCGGUGUCUAAUACAGUGUCUAACUCGGCGUCUAACACAGCUAACUCGGCGUCUAACUCAGCGUCUAACACAGCAGUUAACACAGCGUCUAACUCGGCGUCUAAUUCAGCGGUUAACACAGCGUCUAACUCGGCGUCUAACACAGCAUCUAACACAACGUCUAACUCGGCGUCUAACACAGCGUCUAACUCAGCAUCUAACUCAGCGUUUAACACGCCGUGUAACUCGGCGUCCAACACAGAGUCUAACACAACGUCUAACACAGCGUCUAACUCGGCGUCUAACACGGCAUCUAACACAGUGUCUAACACAGCGUCUAACACAGCGUCUAACUCGGCGGUUAACACAGCAUCUAACACAGUGUCUAACACAGUGUCUAACACAGCAUCUAAUACAGCGUCUAACUAGCCGUCUAACUCGGUGUCUAAUACAGCGUCUAACUCGGCGUCUAACACAGCUAACUCGGCGUCUAACUCAGCGUCUAACACAGCAGUUAACACAGCGUCUAACUUGGCGUCUAACUCAGCGUCUAACACAGCAGUUAACACAGCGUCUAACUCGGCGUCUAACACAGCAUCUAACACAGCGUCUAACUCAGCGUCUAACACAGCGCCUAACUCAGCGUCUAACACAGCUUUUAACACGCCGUCUAACUCGGCCUCUAACACAGCGUCUAACACACCGUCUAACUCAGCGUCUAACACAGCAGUUAACACAGCGUCUAACUUGGCGUCUAACUCAGCGUCUAACACAGCAGUUAACACAGCGUCUAACUUGGCGUCUAACUCAGCGUCUAACAGCAGUUAA